GAGGGACGGCUAUCAUCGAUCAGGGUUUCGGGAAAACCGAGAUUCGGAGGCUGUCCUAUGUUGGAUUAAAUUAUUUCAAAGUGUGCGAAACCAACAUCAUUGUGGAUAACUAUAUUUCACACGGCGGAUCUUGUAUUUAGGACAAAGAUCAUAAGUUUUCCUGGUCUCCGUGAGCUCCAAUGUUUCUUCUGGAUCUAGAUAGCAGUCUGCUUUUCUUUUUGCUCCGUUCUACUUGGUGACGCGGCUCAACAGCAGAGAAGUGAUCUAGAAGAAAUACCUUUGGAUGUUAACUUUUUCACAACGUUGCCUUAAGUACUUAUUAAGUCAUUUAUUGGUGCAUCGAAUGCACUUUUGGGGCCUUACUUAUUUCAGCACCGGAAAAUUGUGUUAUUCCCUCGCCAUCAAAUGAGUUGGCUAAUGUUAGCUUGUUAGCAUCAAAGCUAGCGGUGUUUAGCUUAGUAGCUAGCUGGCUUGCUGGCUCGCUAGUGAGAUACGGGUGAUUGGCUAAAUUUAAGUUUAAAUACGUGGUUACAGUACUCAAUUUUGACAUAACCUGUUGUAUUAUGACCACAAUGGUGAGUCAUGCUAGAAGUUAAUUUAUGUCAAACACAAUUGCCAGCACAGCAAAACCAUGCAAUAUAUCCAAAUACCCAGAUAGCAAGCUAGCACUUGAUUCAGAUAAUUGUCCAAUGUUGGUCUGGUUUGUGAGGCCUCUGGAUUUUUUCCUUCGUGUGGCGAACAUUUCACAGACCGAUUUCUUUUUUCUCAGUUGAUGGAUUUUAUGAUUUUUUGAUGGCUUUGAGGAUUAUCACAACUUCACCGUUAUAUCUGAGGCCAAAAGAAGAGUAGGAUAACCGGUCUCAGAUUACAUUUCAGAUAACGAACUGUUCCUGAAAACAAAAGAAAAGUGGACUUGACGGAUAUCUAAACACUGCGAAGAUGAUGUGCGAGGUGAUGCCCACCAUCAGUGAGGCAGAGGUGGGCCCUGGGAAUGGCAACGGCAGGGGCUCUGGGUCCCCACUGCAGUCCGACUCCGAGGGCCACUUCGAGUCGCUGAUGGUGUCCAUGCUGGAGGAGAGGGACCGGCUCCUGGAAACCCUGCGGGAGACACAGGAGAACCUGGGCCUGACCCAAAGCAAGCUGCACGAAGUCAGCCACGAGAGAGACUCCCUACAGAGGCAGCUCAACUCGGCUCUGCCCCAGGAGUUUGCAGCGCUGACCAAGGAGGUGAACAUGUGCCGAGAGCAGCUCCUCGAGAGGGAGGAGGAGAUCGCCGAGCUGAAAGCGGAACGCAACAACACACGGCUGCUGCUGGAGCACCUGGAGUGCCUGGUGUCGCGUCACGAGCGCUCCCUGAGGAUGACGGUGGUGAAGAGGCAGGCCCAGUCCCCGGCCGGCGUGUCCAGCGAGGUGGAGGUGCUCAAGGCCCUCAAGUCUCUGUUCGAGCACCACAAAGCCCUGGACGAGAAGGUUAGGGAGAGGCUCCGGGUAGCGCUCGAGCGGUGUAGUGCCUUGGAGGAACAGCUGACGAAUACUAGCAAGGAGCUCAACUAUCUCCGCGAGCAGAACAAUCAGAAGAAGCUGCUGAUCGACGGCACGACGGAAAUCAACCACAACUCGGAGAGCUUGCCCAGCACAAACGGCAAGCGCUCGUCGGAUGGCUCGGAGGAGGACGCUGGGCGUGUGAUGGAGCUGCAGGAUCUCAUCGACCGGCAGAGCAAGGAGGUGCUGCAGAUGAAGGAGCGCCUCGUGUGCCUGACCGGCCGCGUGGCCGAGCUGGAGGAGGACCUGGACACCGCCCGCAAGGACCUCAUCAAGUCCGAGGACAUGAGCACGCGCCUGCAGAGGGACAUCCGAGAGUCGAUGGCCCAGAAGGAGGACAUGGAGGAGCGCAUCACCACGCUGGAGAAGCGCUACCUGGCCGCCCAGCGGGAGGCCACGUCCGUGCACGACCUCAACGACAAGCUGGAGAACGAGAUCGCCAACAAGGAGUCGCUCUUCCGCCAGACGGAGGAUAAGAACCGGCAGCUGCAGGAGCGUCUGGAGCUGGCCGAGCAGAAGCUCCAGCAGACCAUCAGGAAGGCGGAGACGCUGCCCGAAGUGGAGGCGGAGCUUGCACAGAGAGUAGCCGCGCUCACCAAGUCUGGCUCUCUGGACUCUCAGGACACUAAAGCUCAGAGGAAGGCUGAGGAGCGCCAUGGUAACGUGGAGGAGAGGCUGAAACAGUUGGAGGCACAGCUGGAGGAAAAGAACCAGGAGCUGCUCAGGGCCCGCCAGCGAGAGAAGAUGAACGAAGAGCACAACAAGCGUCUGUCCGAGACGGUGGACAAGCUGCUGUCCGAGUCCAACGAGAGGCUACAGCUCCACCUAAAGGAGAGGAUGUCCGCUCUGGAGGAGAAGAACACCCUCAUUCGUGAUCUUGAGCACACUAAGAAGCUGAUUGAGGAGGCUCACCAUGAAAAAGAGCAGCUUCUGAUCCAGAUAGAGACCAUGAGGGCCGAGAACGAGCAGGGCCGUAGCCGGAGUAACUCUCUAUUGCACGGGCGCUCUCAUCUCGGCAGCACCCCGGACUUCAGGUACCCCGUGUCGGCGUCGUCCAUGAUGGACAGCCACUCUGACCACUACAACAGCGCGCUGGUGCUGAGGCGGCCGCAGAAGGGCCGCGUCGCCGCCCUGAGGGACGAGCCGUCCAAGGUGCAGACGCUCAACGAGCAGGAGUGGGAGCGCGUGCAGCAGGCCAACGUGCUGGCCAACGUGGCGCACGCCUUCGAGAGCGACAUGGACGCGUCCGACCUGGAGGACGACCGCGAGACCAUCUUCAGCUCGGUGGACCUGCUGUCCCCCGCCGGCCAGGCCGACGCCCAGACGCUUGCCCUCAUGCUGCAGGAGCAGCUGGAUGCCAUCAACAAUGAGAUCAGGAUGAUCCAGGAGGAGAAGGAGAACACGGCGAUCCGGGCCGAGGAGAUCGAGUCUCGGGUGGGCAGCGGCGACAGCCUGGGUGGCCGUUUCCGCUCCAUGAGCUCGCUCCCUCCCUCCCUGCUGGCCCCGGGUCACGCCGGCUCCUCGCCGCCCGGCUCCGGCCACUCCACACCCCGCAGGGCCCCGCGCAGCCCCAACCGGGAGGUGGACCGCAUGGGGGUCAUGACCCUGUCUGAGCAGGAUGACAAAGCCACCAUCAGGUGCGAAACGUCUCCCCCCUCCACCCCGCGCUCCAUGCGUCUCAACAAAGGGGCCAUCCACGCGGCCAGUCACGAAGACAUCCGAGACAUCCGCGGUAUCGCUGGACUGCAGGACGGUCAGGGCAGCAACCCCAGCAGCAGUAACAGCAGCCAGGACUCGCUCAACAAGGCUGCCAAGAAGAAGAGCAUCAAGUCCUCCAUCGGCCGGCUGUUCGGCAAGAAGGAGAAGGGCCGACCCAGUCCCUCCAGCAAAGACUCCAGCCUGGCUGGGACGCCGGAGGGAGAGGGCUCUCCAGACGGGCUGGGGAUCAGCAAGCUGGGCGGCCCGUCAGAGAAGAACAGGAAGCUGCAGAAAAAGCAUGAACUCCUGGAGGAAGCUCGUCGGCAGGGCCUGCCGUUCGCUCAGUGGGACGGUCCCACGGUAGUGGUGUGGCUGGAGCUGUGGGUGGGGAUGCCCGCCUGGUACGUGGCGGCGUGUCGUGCAAACGUGAAGAGCGGCGCCAUCAUGUCGGCGCUGUCGGACACGGAGAUCCAGCGGGAGAUCGGCAUCAGCAACCCGCUGCACCGGCUCAAGCUGCGGCUCGCCAUCCAGGAGAUCAUGUCCCUCACCAGCCCCUCCGCACCGCCCACCUCCAGAACGUCCACGGGGAACGUGUGGGUGACGCAUGAAGAGAUGGAGAGCCUGGCGGCCACGCCUCCCACGGAGGAUGACGAGGGCACCUGGGCCCAGACUCUGGCGUACGGCGACAUGAACCACGAGUGGAUCGGGAACGAGUGGCUCCCCAGCCUUGGUCUGCCCCAAUACCGCAGCUACUUCAUGGAGUCCCUGGUGGACGCCCGCAUGCUGGACCAUCUCACCAAGAAGGACCUCCGGGGUCAGCUCAAGAUGGUGGACAGCUUCCACAGGAACAGCUUCCAGUGUGGAGUGAUGUCCCUGAGGCGGCUCAACUACGACCGGAAAGAGCUGGAGAGGAGGCGAGAGGACGCUCAGCUGGAGAUCAAAGACGUGCUGGUGUGGAGUAACGAGCGGGUGAUCAGCUGGGUGCAGGCCAUCGGGCUGAAGGAGUACGCCAACAACCUGCUGGAGAACGGCGUCCACGGGGCGCUCAUCUCCCUGGACGAGACCUUCGACUACAACGCCAUGGCCCUCCUGCUGCAGAUCCCCAUGCAGAACACACAGGCUCGAGCAGUGCUGGAGCGCGAGUACAACAGUCUGUUGGCGGUGGGGACGGACCGGAAGAUGGAGGAGGACGACGACAAGAACUUCCGGCGAGCCCCCUCCUGGAGGAAGAAGUUCCGUCCCAAAGACGUGCGGGGCAUGAACAUCGGCUCGGCCGACACGCUGCCCGCCAACUUCAGGAUGGCCAACAGCGGCGCCUCUUCCCCCGCCAUGCAGCCAAAGAAACUCCAGAUGGACGCAGCGCAGAUGCUGGACUCUGCCACAGUCAGGACCUACUCAUGCUAACCAGGCCUGCCAGCCCGGCCCAGCCUGAGCAUGGGCACCAUGUUUAUGCUCAUUAUCUCUAUAGGUGACGAGCUUGCCGAAGAGGUGGACCUCUCACCGAGCUGAGCUCUAAAUGGACGAGGACUCUAAGAUACUAUAUCAUGGAAGAUCGCAUUUGCAAAAUCUCCCCCGAUAGCCUCGAGAACAUAUUUUAGAUGUAAUGAUUAUUAUAUUUAUCUAAACCAAUGGGACAUUUCAUUUAUGUAGUUCUGCUAUGUCUGUAUGUAAAAGUUUUAUUUUUGUUUGUCCCCCCAACAUCAUUUCUUGUUUGUCUAUAUCAUGCUUAACUCUUUCAGAUGUAACUGAAUGUAUCACGAGUCUGAAGUUUGUAUAUUUAUCUUACAAACGUUAUCUAAUCUUUUUAUUCUCACCUUGUUAUCGACCAGAUGUACCUUUUUUCCUUUCUGCCCAUUCUUGUUUUUAAUCAAACUUAAGCUCAAGUGACUUUAUUGUGUGAUUUUAACUUAAUUUUUGUCACCCUUUUAGUUCUGGUUCAUAUCGGUGUCGAUCAUUUCUGUUUGUUUUUAAAUGCGGCUCUUUAGGUCAACUGUAUUAUGUGAAUAUCAGAACAGGUGCAAACCAUAGACUGAAACUUCCUCCUCAAAAUGAUGAAAUGUGGACACUUGACAGUGGAGCAUGAUACCCCCCCGACCCCACCCCCCCCUCCCACACACACACACCCUCCUCUAUCCCUCUGAACCCUGUUGGACAUUUCAUGUGAAACGGUUCGCCCCUUUCUUUGUACUUUUUUCCUGCUAAACCAAAAUGGAACUCUUGAAUAAGCCAUAAAUGGUAGCGACAAUGAGGGCUACUUUUUUUCGGAGGCAUCUUUAUUUUUGGACAGAGGUGUUCCUGCCGAAAAACCCAGGUUGUCCGGUGAUCCUCAUGUGCUGAAACUCUCCAUUCCUUACCCCCCUUGUUCCGCACAAGAGACACGUGCGAAAGCAAACGCAUCUGUAUGAGUGUGUGCAUUUUGCACACCUGUGUGUGUGUGUAUGUGUGUGUGUGUCUAUCUGUGUGUGUGUGUGUCUGUGUGUGUGUGUGUGUGUGUGUGCGUGUUGUGCUGAAUUGCUUCUCUCACAGGACCAACCCCACUGUGGCCUCAGCUCAAACCACGUGCUGCCCUCCCCUUAAGAGGGCUUCAUGAUCCCACCCACUCUCAACCGCUGUACUCGUCCUUUAACCAAGCCUUAUUGCUCUCUCUCUUUCUCUCUUUCUCUCUCUCUCUCUCCCCUCUUGUUUGUGUUUUUUCUAUUUACUGUCCAUCCUUAUUGUUGUUUCUCUCCUCGUCAUCAUGUAGGCCUAUUUAGAAGUUGCCAUUUGUUUUUGCUCUUUCUCUUUUGGAUCAUCUUAAAGGCUGGAUGGUUUCUUUUUUUCCGUCAAGGAAAUUAAUAUUGUGAUCAGGUCCCUCUGAACUUUUAUGAGCAAAUAAUGUAGAGGAACUGAAGAUACCCUUUACCUUCCCAGAAAGUGCUGACAUGUUGGUAGUUUUGUCAUUGUUCUUUGUGCUUUAGGAUUUAUGCACACUUCAAAUCAUGUUAGAGUCCUGUUUUUAAAUUGUCUCCCAUAUCGCGGUUUAAAAAUCUCCUGAUCUUGUAACAGAAAUUAUGUACAGUCUGAGUACUUAUGAACUAUUUUUAUCACAGUAUUAUUUAUUGCUUCCUUUCAAUAAAAUACUGAAACUUAUUUUCCACUGCCAAUAAAAAGACUAAGUCUUUGUGUUAAAAACAA